UUUGAGUCCAGUGGCCACAAAAGCUUAUGCCUUAAAUAAAACUUUUUUGUUCUGCUGCUUCAGAUCAACACAACUGCCCACCUGAACUCACAUUUCACAUGCAUUGCAUGUAGUCCAUGCUGUGGAAUUACUGAUCAUGGAGAAAAUAUUCUUUUUCUUUCUUAAGGAUUUCAAGCAGCUACAGCAGGCUUCCUUCCUUCACCUCACUAGGAGGAAUGCUUGGAGGCAGAAAUUAAGAGCUUUUUAAAGAGUAAAAAUUUAACAGGCUUUCCAUGUCUAGGAAAGGCAGCACCUGCUGAAUUUUUGCCUGUCAUGCAAAUGAGAGCUCAAAACAGAAGGUUUGCAGAAUUUACAGCCUGAACUGUAAAUCAGAAUGAUUCCUUGGAAGAAAAUCCAUCUGACUUCAGUGGAGUUUACUCCCCAGUAAAGUAUGCAGGACUGUAGCUUUAGCACAGUAAUGUAGGAUUCUUGCUGUAUAUGAAAAAGUUGCUGCUCUGAGGAUGAUGCUUCACAAAUCUGAUUAAGUAUUAGAAGAGAUGUUCAUACUUUCACUAAACUGAUAGUUGUAAGAUUGUUUUAUUGUUUUUGAUGCUACAGGUUAACACAGCAACUCAUUAGACAUUUUCCCAAAGGGGUGUAGCUGCUAGCAGGGCUUGUUAUCUCCCCCACCAGAAAUGGUUUUACACCUUUCAUAUUACUUUUUUCAUCACCUUAUCACCCUGUCAAGAAAGCAAAAUUUGUUACACUUUUGACUGCUAUGUACUUGAUAUAAGAAGAGAGACAUUAGGUGACAUCGAGAGGCAGUACAUUUGUGUUUUAUUUCCAAGGUUCCAAGUUGACUUGUGAGCUCCUGAUGUAUGUAUGCCUCCUCAUAACCUGAAAAAAAGAAACUUCAAGCUGUAAGCUGCUACAGACUUUUACCUCUGAGCACACAGCCUGCUUCUUAAGUGUUAGGCAUCAAUUGUACUCUUUUUUUCCCCUUUGCUAUGUGUUUGUUCAUCCAAUCACAGCCUUGCAUGCAAAUAUACUAUAGCCUGUUUGGAUAAAAAGGCACGAUUAAAUCUAAGUGUUCAGUCAGGGCAAAUACCACUGAACUUUUCUGAAACCUCCUUUCACCUGCUUUCCAGGCACAAAACAUGUCAGCUGAAAAACCAUCUUUGCCUGCACCCCUGACUGAUCUGACGAUUAAAUAUACUAAGAUAUUUAUAAACAAUGAAUGGCAUGACUCUGUGAGUGGCAAAAAAUUCCCAGUUAUUAACCCCGCAACUGGAGAGAAAAUUUGUGAUGUGGAAGAAGGAGACAAGGAGGAUGUCAAUAAAGCAGUUAAAGCUGCAAGGAAAGCUUUUGAGCUUGGGUCAUGCUGGCGAACAAUGGAUGCCUCUGAAAGGGGAAGAUUGUUGAACAGACUAGCUGAUUUGAUUGAAAGGGAACGGCUCCUCUUAGCUACAAUGGAGAGCAUAAAUGGAGGAAAGCUUUUUGCCAACUCCUACCUAAUGGACUUGGGUGGCUGCAUCAAUACUUUACGUUACUGUGCAGGCUGGGCUGAUAAAAUCCAAGGACGAACCGUUCCCAUGGAUGGAAACUAUUUCACAUUUACAAGACGUGAGCCUAUUGGAGUUUGUGGCCAGAUCAUUCCUUGGAACUUCCCACUGGUUAUGUUUAUUUGGAAGAUUGCCCCUGCUCUUGCCUGUGGAAACACAGUGGUCAUCAAACCAGCAGAGCAAACUCCUCUGACUGCUCUUCAUAUGAGCGCUCUCAUUAAGGAGGCAGGAUUCCCACCUGGUGUUGUGAACAUUGUGCCAGGAUAUGGACCCACUGCUGGAGCAGCCAUUUCCCAUCACAUGGAUAUAGACAAAGUGGCAUUCACUGGCUCUACUGAGGUUGGCCAGAAGAUCAAAGAAGCUGCUGGAAAAAGUAAUCUGAAGAGGGUCACCCUAGAACUUGGAGGGAAAAGUCCCAAUAUCAUAUUUGCAGAUGCUGAUUUGGACAGUGCAGUGGAGUUCGCACACAUGGGUCUGUUUUACCAUCAAGGUCAGUGUUGCAUAGCCGGGUCUAGGAUUUUUGUGGAAGAGCCAAUAUAUGAAGAGUUUGUGCGCAGGAGCGUCGCCAGAGCUAAGAAAAAUGUCUUGGGAAAUCCUCUGAGUCUUGAUGUACAACAGGGACCACAGAUUGAUAAGGAGCAGUAUGAUCGAAUCCUCUCACUGAUUGAGAGUGGGAAGAAGGAAGGAGCCAAACUGGAAUGCGGAGGAGGCACAUGGGGAGACAAGGGCUUCUACAUCCAGCCGACUGUUUUCUCGAAUGUUUCAGAUGAAAUGCGUAUUGCCAAAGAGGAGAUAUUUGGACCAGUCCAACAAAUAAUGAAGUUCAAAACUGUAGAUGAAGUUAUUAAAAGAGCGAACAAUACCCACUAUGGCUUAGCAGCAGCAGUGUUCACCAAAGACAUUGAUAAAGCUCUGACAUUUACAGCUGCUCUUCAGGCUGGAGUAGUAUGGGUUAACUGUUAUAGCGCAAUGUCUCCUCAGUGUCCUUUUGGAGGGUUCAAAAUGUCAGGAAAUGGCCGAGAGAUGGGAGAACAUGGGAUUCAUGAAUAUACAGAAGAGAAGACGGUCGUAAUCAAAAUCCCACAGAAAAAUUCGUAAUCUCGCUUCAAGGGACAAGAUUUGACAAGUUCAUAUGCUAAAAAAAAAAAUAAAGUUGCAACCACUGGCUAUAUUGUGAAAUGUUUUGUGGCAAAUAUUUUCAUUUAAUUUGUUUUCUCUUUCUGUCAAAGCAAGUGCUUCUGUUAACUGUUAAAAGUAAGUCUUUUAAUAAGAGAAUGUUUAAUGCCUGGAACAUAAUUAACAAUCUCAUUGAAAAAGCUGAUUUUCUUUCCCCAUUUGAAUAAUAAAUGUAGUGCUAUG